CCCCUCACUUCAUUCCGUAUCCUACCGAGGCUAAGAUGACGGUCACAGGCACCGGAAGUGGGUCAGAUCACGACUGGGCCAAAGAGGUGAAAGAAUUCGACGAAACGAAAGCCGGCGUCAAAGGCAUCGUUGAUGCCGGCAUGACUAAGAUCCCCAGAAUCUUCAUCCAUGCACCAGAGAACCUCCCCAAGAAAUUCCCCACCGAUCACACUCAUCCAACGGUCCCAGUCGUCGAUCUCAAAGGGGUCCAUGGCGAUCGACGGAUGGAGAUCAUCGGUGAGAUCCGGCAGGCAUCGGAGACGUGGGGUUUCUUCCAGAUGGUAAAUCAUGGGGUCCCACUUAGUUGUAUGGAGGAGAUGAUCAAAAGCGUACAUGAAUUCAACGAGCAAUCCAAGGAUGUUAAGAUGGAAUACUACUCACGUGACACCAGGAGGAACGUGAGGUUCAACAGCAACUUCGAUCUGUAUCAUUCCCGUGCGGUGAACUGGAGGGACAGCUUGUACUGUGCUAUGGCUCCAGAUCAUCUCAACCCUCAGGAAUUGCCAGUCGUUUGCAGGGAGAUAACACUUGAGUACUCAAAGCAUGUAACAAAACUUGGGAAUACCUUAUUCGAGUUACUUUCGGAAGCUCUUGGGCUGAAACCAAACCAUCUCCUUGACAUGGAUUGCACUAAAGGCCAUGUUCUUGUGUCCCACUACUAUCCACCAUGCCCAGAGCCAGACAUCACCCUAGGCACCAGCAAGCAUUCUGACUCGGACUUCCUGACCGUCCUUCUCCAAGAUCAUAUUGGUGGCCUGCAAGUUCUUAAUCAGCAUCAAUGGGUUGAUGUUCCACCUGUGCAUGGAGCUCUUGUAGUAAACAUUGGAGAUCUUCUACAGCUUAUCUCCAAUGGCAAGCUAAAGAGCGUCGAGCACAGGGUGCUAGCCAGCCAUGCCAGCGCAAGGGUAUCUGUGGCAUGCUUUUUCACCACACAUUUCCACACGUCUACCAGGAUGUAUGGUCCAGUCAAGGAGCUGCUAUCGGACGAGAACCCCCCAAUAUACAGAGAAACCCUGAUAAAAGACUUUCUUACACACUACUAUACCAAAGGACUUGAUGGGAACUCUGCCCUUGACCAUUUCAAGCUGUGAUGCAGGCAGAUAGAAUGAAUAUAAGGGAUGUUGUCAUGAUCAUUUCCAAACCAUGAACUUCAAAAUGUUCUGUGUAUAAUGAUAUAUUGGUGAAGAAAAUGCAUUGGAUGCAGGCUGAAAUCUAUAACACACUAAGUAUAUAUCGAUUGGAUGUAACUUAAUAUAGUAAGGGCCUGUUCGGGUGCCACUUAAACA